UUUUUUUUCUGUACAAGACGUCACCGGACUUUUAAUGUAAUUUAGCGUUUGAGGGAAAUCCUUUUUCAUACGCUUUUUUUUUAUAUAUCACAUUAUGUCAGACACGAACAAGGAAACCACUACAAAUAUAAACACUACUUCUAUAGCAAAAAAUAAUGCACUCAACACUACAACAAAUACACCAGCAGCAGCACAAACAACACAAACUACAACAACAACAACAGAAACACCAGCUGAGCCACCUCAAGUCACUCGUCAAAAAUACGAAGAAGCAAAGCACGAACUACAAGCUCUACUAGCAAGAAAAAAGCAAGUAGAUACGAACUUGAUUAAUCUCGAAAACUCCAUCUACCUCUUCGAGGGUUCAUAUUUAGAAGACACGCACCAGAAUGGAAAUAUUAUUCGUGGGUUUGAUGGCUAUUUGACCAACAGAACAGACAGAAGAAGACCCAAAUUUACAGAAUUAGAUAGACUCUUUUCACUAUCUUCGUCAACGUAUCAAAAGGCUCUUGCACAAAAAGAAGAAAAAGACCAGGACUCUAGCCAAGAUGAUAGAUCUGUUGCAGGUUCACCAAGUGCUAGACGGGAAAAGAAGCGUAAAUUAAAGCAUGAUGGUAAUGGAAUCAAGAAAAAGAGGAGCUCUGCCGGCAGAGAUACAGAAGAUGAACUGGAUGUCUAAAUUUGCAUAAUAAUAAAACUAAUCUAUUUUUUUUUAUUUA